UGGGAUUUGUGAUUUUCUUUUUUCUCUUUCGUAGUAAUUUAUUUGACUUAACCGGGGAGCCCUAAGUCUCCGAGGCUAGUAGCGGAGGCGUAAUCAUCGGAAAAAUUCAAAGUUUGCGGAGGAAGAAGAUUUCGAUUGUAUCACGCACGACAAUCCUAAUUUUGACAUUCACAUGUUAAAUUAGUGGAAAAUGAAUUUUUGGGUUAAUUCAGAUUCUGCAGAUUUGGGCUGAUCAUGGAGCUAAGGGUAGUCGCUCUGUUACGUUUUCUCAAGCAUCUCCGUCGCAGUGGCCGAAGCAUCACUGCCUCACGAGCUUAAAUCUGAAGGCGCGAGGUUCUGUGAGCGCUGAUUUUUCUUAUUCUCAUUUGAUCGUUCUCGAGAAGAACAGUGAAUGCCUAUUGAUUUGUCAUGACAUCCUCGCGUGAGGUAAAGAAGUAUCAGAACCAAUCAGGUUCUCCUUCUGGGAAGAAGAGUAAGAAGCUCGCCGCGAUAUGCGAGGAGGAAUACAACAAAAACCAUGGAGAGUCGAAGGGCAGAGAUGGCGCGUCUGCGUUGGCUGGUGUUGACUCUGAACUUAGGCGGAGCUCUAGGGUCAGACGGAUACCGACCAUCCUGGACGCUUCUCCUCCUCCUCCAAGGAAAAAACGGCGUUUGAAUAAUCACGGGGGUAGGAGUUCCAAGCUAGGGAGAGUGGUGGUGGAGGAGAAUGGUGAUUCGGAUAACCCGGAUGGUUGGAAGUCGAGGUUGAGGUCAAGGAGGAGGAACGUUGGUUUGCAAGCGAAUGGGACAGAGAGAAGUGCGGUAAAGAGGAAAAGAAAGCUCGUUUUCGGAAGUGAUGCCAAUGAGCUGAGAGAUAAAUCAGUGGCGAGAGAAAGGGAAGAGGGAAGAGGAGCUCCUAAUGGUGGGAAGCCGACGAAAGCAAAAAAGGAAGUGGAAGCUAACGAAUGUGAAAGUUCGGAAGAUGGGGAAAAUGGGGAAAAUGAGUCAGAUACCAGUAACGCUGAAGAUGAGAGUGCUAGCGAGUCGGAGGAAUCAACGCAGGCUGACAGUGAAGCUGGAGAGGAGGAGGAUGAGAAGAAGAAGAAGAAGAAGAAGACUACCAAAAUAUCAGUUGUUUUAGAUAGUGAAAACGAUGCUGAAGUUGAUGGAACGGAGAGUGAGAGUGAGGAUGGAACAGACAGUACUGAAAAUGAGAUUGAGGAUAGUGAUGAAGAGGGCGGAAGUGAGACACAAAGUAGUGCAGAGAAGACAGGAAGUCAGAUUGAAGCUAAUGUGGAUGGAAUGACAGCUGAUACUAAUGUUAGAAUGGAAGCAGUGGAAAACGAGAGCCGGGAUCAAAUGGAAGGAAUGGAAAAUGAGAUUGAGAUAGAAGUUGAAGAAAUUGAGAAUAAGGAGGUAAUGGUUUCGGAAAGUGGAAAUGGCACUGGGAUGCUAGUGGAUGAUAGUGAUUUUGCUACAAAAAUGGGAGAUACUUUACAUCCUGAACCUCUACAGAAAACUAGCAUCGAGGUUAAUGAGAGUUUAAAGCAGAAUGAGGAUAUCGGGGAGCAAGGCGUUUCUAGAACAAUAUCUACCGAUAAGACCAAAGAACAUAGUGAGGUUCACGAUAGAGGGGGUGAAAGCGUGGAAAUGCUUGACGAGUUGCCUAUUCAGAAUGAAACUUCCAAAAAGGUGGUUGACUCAAUUUGCACUUCAUCGGAUAGACUUGGCAAGCCUCUCUUUAAACAAGCCAGACGCUGUGGUUUAUGUGGAGUUGGUACUGAUGGCAAACGCCCGAAGAAAUUGAUACAAGAUAAUGGUGACAGUGACAUAGAGGCACGUAGCGGGUCUUCCUCUUCUGAGGAGCCAAACUAUGACAUAUUGGAUGGUUUUGGCGAUGAUCCUGGAUGGCUUGGCCGUCUAUUGGGCCCUAUAAACGAUCGUUAUGGAAUUUCUGGAACGUGGGUUCAUCAGCACUGUGCCGUAUGGAGUCCUGAGACGUUAAUGUUCAGUACUCUUGUACUGCAGGUUUACUUUGCUGGUGUAGGAUGCUUAAAGAAUAUAAGGGCGGCACUUUGCAGAGGGAAGUCAUUAAAAUGCACUCGCUGUGCAAGACCUGGGGCAACCAUUGGUUGUCGUGUUGAUCGAUGUCCAAGAACCUAUCACUUGCCUUGUGCACGAGCUAAUGGUUGCAUCUUUGAUCACCGUAAAUUUCUGAUUGCUUGCACAGACCAUAGACAUCAUUUCCAACCCCAUGGUCGUCAAUGUCACAUCAGAAAGAAGAAGAUGAAAGCCAAGAGGAUGCGGUUGGAGAUGAGGAAGCACUCAAAUGAUGCCUGGCGUAAGGAUGUGGAAGCGGAAGAAAAGUGGUUUGAAAAAUGUGGUGAAGAUGAAGAAUUUUUAAAACGCGAAAGCAAGAGACUACAUCGGGAUCUAGAACGAGUUGCUCCCGAGUAUAUUGGAGGCCCUGAUUCUGAAAGUGGAAAGGCAUUUGAGGGAUGGGACUCUGUUGCUGGGCUUGAGGGUGUAACUCAAUGUAUGAAAGAGGUUGUUCUUUUACCCUUGCUAUAUCCAGAAUUCUUUGAUAACCUUGGACUCACACCUCCAAGAGGUAUCCUGUUGCAUGGACAUCCUGGAACUGGAAAAACGCUUGUGGUUCGAGCGCUGAUUGGUUCCCUUGCUCGUGGUAAUAGACGGAUUGCCUACUUUGCCAGGAAAGGGGCAGACUGUCUAGGAAAAUACGUUGGUGAUGCUGAGCGCCAGUUGAGGCUUUUAUUUCAGGUCGCUGAAAAAUGCCAACCAUCUAUCAUAUUUUUUGAUGAAAUAGACGGUCUCGCUCCCAAACGGUCAAGGCAGCAAGAUCAAACGCACAGCUCUGUUGUAUCCACUUUGCUCGCUUUACUAGACGGCUUGAAGUCGCGUGGCUCGGUGGUGGUCAUAGGUGCAACAAACUACCCUGAUGCUAUUGACCCAGCAUUAAGGAGGCCUGGGAGGUUUGACAGGGAGAUCUAUUUUCCACUACCAUCGCUCGACGAUAGGGCUGCAAUCAUCUCACUCCAUACUAGAAAGUGGCCUAAGCCGGUGUCUGGUUACUUGCUCAAGUGGAUUGCGAAAGAAACUGCUGGUUUUGCUGGUGCGGAUAUACAAGCUCUCUGCACACAAGCUGCCAUGAUUGCCUUGAAUAGGAGUUUUCCUUUGCAAGCAUCUUUGGCCGCUGCAGAGUUGGGAAUGUCUAGUAGUAAUCGUGUUGCUCUUCCAUCCUUCUCAGUUGAAGAAGGAGAUUGGUUGGAAGCUUUAUCCCGCUCUCCACCCCCAUGCUCUCGUAGAGGAGCAGGAAAAGCAGCUAGCGAUAUAUUUUCUUCUCCUCUUCCUGUUUACUUGGCGCCUUCUUUAUUACCACCACUGUGUUCUUUACUUGUUGCUUUUCAUCUCGAAGAGCGCAUCGUGCUACCACCUCUUCUUUCCAAAGCUGCGGUUGAUUUCCAAAAUGUGAUCCGUUCUGCUUUGAGCGACAGGAAUAUAACUGAGGGUUACUGGUGGUCUCAUGUUGAGAGCCUUUUCCAGGAGGUAGAUGUGGUGAAGGAUAUAGUUCAGGGGCUUUCUUAUGCUGGGAUACUGGAUGGAGGAUGUGACUUGGCUAGAUCUGUUUCAAGCACCCCUGGUGCUGACGACUGUAGUUUGGGUUCUUCACAAUUUAUGGCACACAGAGUCUGCCGACACCCUGCUUUGGGGAAUACUCCUCUGGAAUCAGUGAGCAAGUCAGGGUUCCAAUUGCUUAUUGCUGGAGGACCUAAAUCUGGUCAACGACAUCUUGCUUCAUGUAUCUUGCAUUGUUUUAUUGGAAAUGCAGAGAUGCAGAAGAUAGACACGGCAACAAUUUCACAAGAAGGAAAUGGGGAUCUGGUGCUAGGCAUAACUCACUUAUUAAAUAACUUUCUAACUGGUUUAUCUGCCCGGUUUGUAGUUAAAUGUUCUAGCAGGAAAUCAUGUGUGGUAUUCAUGCCAAGGAUUGACUUGUGGGCUGUAGAAACAGAAACUCCACUGAGUGAGGAGGUCGAGUGUGAUGAUGAUUCUGCAAAUGAGAAUUCUUCUAACAUGGAGUUGCAGAAUUCUACUCGAGUUUCUCAUGCCUGGAACACAUUUUUUGAGCAAGUAGAGUCAUUACGAGUUUCUACAAAGAUGAUGAUUUUGGCUACUUCUGGCAUUCCCUACAAACUCCUGCCUCCUAAGAUUCAACAGUUUUUUAAGACCGACCUAUCAAAUGAGUAUCAGCCAACUAUGUCCGAGGCUGUUCCACAAUUCACUGUUCAAGUUGUUGAAAAUUCUGACCAGGACAUGGCCAUUGAUCUGUCUGCUACUGAGUUGUCAAGGCGCGCAAUCCAAGUGUUUCUCCAUUUGGUGCAUCAAGGAACCCAUACUCGCAAUGACUUGCAGAAGAAAUACAAAAGUGAGGAUCCUGAACAGGGUUGCAGAGAUGGAGCUUAUCAGAAUAGUACGGAUCAUGGCGCAGGGGAAGAAGUAGGUGUUAAAUCAAAACCUCCUGAUGAUGGUUCUUUAAAAGUGCCACCAUUAGCUACCAGCAUACAUGUUAAAGCGAAAUCAAGCCUGCAGAUAGCUAUUUCUACAUUUGGUUAUCAAAUUCUACGGUAUCCUCAAUUUGCUGAGCUUUGUUGGGUGACAUCAAAGCUUAAGGAAGGGCCAAGUGCAGAUGUUUCAGGCCCGUGGAGAGGAUGGCCGUUUAAUUCGUGUAUCAUUCGUCCCUGUAAUUCAUCUGAGCAGACUAUGAAUGCUUCCGGUUCCAACAAUGUUAAAGGCAAAGAUUCAUCUGGUCUUGUCACAGGCCUAACUGCUGUUGGAUUAUCAGCGUAUAGAGGAACUUAUAUAUCGCUGAGGGAAGUCUCCUUUGAGGUACGGAAAGUUCUCGAGCUCUUAGUUGGGCGGAUCAAUGUGAAAAUCGAUGCUGGAAAGGACAGAUGUCUAUACAUCCGAAUUUUGUCUCAAGUUGCUUAUCUGGAGGAUCUAGUUAAUAGUUGGGUAUAUGCAAUGCGAAGUUUUGAAUUGAAUGCUCAAACAGAGUUGACGAAUCCAUCAGUGAGGAAUGAGCCAACUGAGCAAGGAACAUCUGAUCGAGCAAAAGGGUCCGAAGAAGACCCGAAAGUAAAUACCCAAAACAUGAAUUGUCCAGACCCUAUAGCAUCUUCUAAUCUUGCCGACAAUCAUCAGCCAGUUGUAGAGAUCGCAAAUGGUCAUACUGGAACAAAUCAUGAACCCUUUCUUGAUGAUACUAAUCCUCUUACAGCCCAUAGUACGGAGGGCUUAACUUUGAUCAAAGAGAAUGGUGAUGAUACUUCGAAUUCUGCAAUGAUGAUGGAUGAUUCAGGAGUAGUUUCCUUUGGGCAGGCUGUUCUCCUUGAUCUUAACUCUCCUGCAGCUGACCAUGAACCGAGUGAAACUCACCAUGGCUCAUGCGAGGUAGAAACUACAGCAACGGCCACUGCUUUGCAAGGGAAAGCUAAUUCACAAAACAAUGCAAACAGCAUGCCUGAAUCUGUUAAACAAGUUGAAACAGCCGCAAGAAUCACCCCUUUGGAUGACCCUAGUUCGGUGUGUUUGUACCGUUGCUGCUCCCAGUGUGUCUCCAUCCUCCGAGAUUCAAUGCAUAAACUAGUUACUCGCGAAUUGGGACUUGGCAAGAGUUGCAUCACAACAGAGGGUCUACAUGAUGCGGUUUCUUCAUUAUCAGUGGAGCUUAUCGGUGCUGUUAGAAAAUUCAUCUCUGCGAAAAACAAUGGUAAUACGCAGGAAGCAGGGGUUGAAGAACGUGAUGAAUGCUCAGAAAAGGAAACUUGUUCUUGCAAAAGCUUACCUGGUAAUUUUCUUGCCUCGGCUGAAUGUUGCAGUCAUUCUGCUGAGGAGCAAGGGAGCUUAGCUGAAGCAAAUACACAUCCAAGCCCUAAGACUUGGCUUGAGCCAUCAUCAUUGUUCGUUUUCAAAGAUGGAAUAUUGGUUCCAGCAAGUACUGAAGAUGAAGGCGCUCCGCACUGUAAAUAUGAUAGUUUCUGCCUUGGUUCUCUCAUAGAGUUGAUUGCAACUGAGAUGAAGAAGCCUUUUUGAGUAUCUUUCAUCUUUUGUUUACUCAAAUCAACUGGUGUCUCUGCCAUUUAUUUGUUGUUACAGUCUUACAGACUAGUAGAUUUAUCUCAGAUAUUAUCAAAUUAGAAAAAGAAAUCAGCAGUUUCUUGGCUCUAUUUCUAUUUUGGUUGCUAAUUACUCAUGAUUAGGAGUAUUAUGUUCUGAGAAAAAAGAAUGCUAAUCAGGAGUAAUCAGAAGCAGAUUCUUUUUCUC